ACCAGAGACCACGUUUUAGCGAUGAUGGUAUAAGUUCCAGCACAACAAGAGUUAUCUAACUUGUUGUGAGCAGAGCUAUUGAAUCGCCGAUAGGGUGGAAAGAGAAAGGAAUCUGAGAAAAGGACGUGUAUCCCGUAGACAUUAAAAUGCCGAACAUCAAGUUGCAGAGUUCUGAUGGGGAGACAUUCGAGAUAGAUGUGGAUAUUGCGAGGCAAUCAGUCACAAUCAAGACCAUGCUGGAAGACUUGGGUGUGGACGAGGAUGAUGAAGAACCAGUCCCCCUUCCCAAUGUUAAUGCAGCAAUUCUAAAGAAGGUGGUGCAGUGGUGUACCUAUCAUAAAGAUGAUCCCCCACCACCAGAGGAUGAUGAAAACAAAGAAAAACGCACCGAUGAUAUCUGUUCUUGGGAUGCCGAGUUCCUCAAAGUUGAUCAAGGAACAUUAUUUGAAUUAAUUUUGGCUGCCAACUACCUCGAUAUCAAGGGUUUAUUGGACGUCACCUGUAAGACUGUAGCCAACAUGAUCAAAGGCAAAUCACCUGAGGAAAUCAGAAAAACUUUUAAUAUCAAGAAUGAUUUCACACCAGCAGAGGAAGAGCAGGUACGAAAGGAAAACGAAUGGUGUGAGGAAAAAUAGACAUGGAAGUUGUAAAUAUAUCCUGUUUCCUUGUAUUUAAAAAACAACUAAGAUAUUUUAUAAACUGGUUAGACUCACCUCUUAAACAUCAUUGUAUAUCUUAUUCACAAACUAAGCCUGUUUCAAGGUGCGUUUCUUGUCCAACUGAAAGGAAUAGAAUCUGUAGUGAAGCAGGUGAUCAGGUUUAUGUGAUUUCACGUAUGGGUGUUAAUUUCCAAUCUGUGUGGCCAAUACUACAAUGAGGAUGAAGAAGCAUUAAAUGGCUUAUAUGUAAGAAGACACGUGCAUACCCCCCCUUGCAGUAUUCUGUAUGUUGACAUUGUAAUGGUGACACAUGGAAUUACUUUGAGUAUCUAAUACAAAAAAGGCAAAUAUGUGAAAUACAUCUGGAUGCUAAAAGCUUUUAAAUUGUUUAAUGAUGCAUUUCAUUAAACAAUUUACUGUGUAGUGCAUCUGUUGACCUAUGAUUGAAAUUACCACAAAAUCCUUUUCAAUAUUGUGAUUCUGUAGACAUUUUUUUUUAUUUGAAUAAUGACAUUCGUGUUUCACCUAUGGUUGUUCUAUUGAAAGGAGCCUUUUUUGUACAUUUGUAUAGAUAGAUCUUUUAAUUUUGUUGAUUUGCUUGUAGAAAAACAUGUUUGUACCUGUUAUUAGGCUGAGUUUGAACCUUUUAUUAUAUAUGUUUACAAUAUGACAUCUAGCAAGAAAGCGCAUCCAGAUAUACUGUAUUACAUGUAUUUUGAAUGGUUAAUCCCAAUAACUUAAUGUACUUUACUGAAUUAAGCCUACAGGGUAGUUGUACUGUAAUUUAUUUUCAAGGUACUUAUUAAUUAACUACAAGUACAUACAUAUUAGCAAAAUAUUACUUAAUCUUUCAAAGAAAACAAUGAUGAACAUGGAAGUUAGAUAGUACUAAAGAUUACAUAAUUGUGAUGGAUUUCAAUAUGACAUGUAACUCUUUUAAACAAUAUUUAAAUCUUCCUUCAAGUUUUAAAAGAAAUACUUAGAACUGCCAAAUUGAUACAAAAUUUCAAAGAAGGAAACUAGGUCUUUUGGGAUGUAUUUUCUUCCUUAAAGCUGUCUUUGCUUCCUCCUCUUUUGUUGGUAUGUAGUAUACAUGUAUGAUAAAAUCUAAAGACAAACACGACGUACAGUGUAAGUAUUUUUAUGUAUUUAUGUUAAAAGUUGGAUCAAAUAAAUAUAGUGGAUUGAUACAAAGUUAAAUUUGCAACAAGCAAAUAAUAAAAGUAAAGUACAUUGUAUGCUAUCAAAUGUGCCAUAUGUAUUCAGAAUUUCUUGAACAGCUUAAUUUUAGAGAAACACUACAUGAAUGGCAUGUCCCUAGUAAGUGAUACUUCUUAAAAGACAUUGACAUCAUGCUGAAACAGAUAAAUUUUAAAAAAUCAAAAGGAAAAUUAAGCUUUUCUCAAAAAAAAUUCCUGGAUGACCAUUUGUGUGCUGAUAAUAUUUCCUUGUUUGAUGUAUAUUGUAUGGACAGCAUUCUUCCCCUAAUGAUUGUUUUAUUACUUGUUUGCAUCAAUACAAUAUACAUGCAUCCACAUUAAAAUCCAUGUCAAUA